AGGCAAUGAGCAAAAUCACUGUCGGCGUUCUGGCCUUACAAGGCGCAUUCUACGAACAUGUCCAAUUAUUGAAAAAGGCUACCGCCGAUCUAGCCCCCGAGGCAGGCAGCCCCGCGUCGCAAUGGGAGGUUAUUGAAGUGCGCACGCCGCAAGAGCUUGAGCGUUGCGAUGCGCUGGUUCUUCCUGGGGGCGAAAGCACUACCAUGUCCCUUGUCGCUGCCCGGUCGAACAUACUGGAGCCGUUGCGGGACUUUGUCAAGGUCCACCGCAAGCCGGCUUGGGGUACAUGCGCCGGUCUAAUUCUGCUCGCCGAAUCGGCCAACCGGACGAAGAAAGGAGGCCAGGAUUUGAUUGGGGGUCUUGAUGUGCGGGUCAAUAGGAACCAUUUCGGUCGACAGGCCGAGAGCUUCCAGGCGCCGUUGGAUCUACCGUUCCUCGGCGCUGCUGGACAGUCGGACCCGUUCCCCGCCGUCUUCAUCAGAGCUCCCGUUGUGGAGAAGAUUCUGCCACACCAGAAAGGUGUCCAGGUUGAUGAGUUGCAGAAGGAUGAUACCGUGGUCGCGCCGGCGAAGAGCCCCGAGGGCCACGCUGCGCAGGAUGCAAUGGCAGACGAUGUGGAAGUACUGGCGACGCUACCUGGAAGGGCUGCCAAACUGGCGAGUGAGGGAAGAAACAUCGAUGCAGACCGUGAAACUGGUGAUAUCAUUGCUGUCCAGCAGGGGAAUGUCUUUGGGACGAGCUUCCACCCCGAGUUGACCAACGAUGCUAGAAUACAUGCUUGGUGGUUGCGGCAGGUUCAGAGUUCGCUGCAUAGGAGACGUGAGAUAGAACAGAACUAAAUUUGCUCAUUUAGAGAUGAACCUAG